GACCUGAUCGUGUACGAACGAGAGAACGAGAUGCAGGUGGACAUCCCCUCCCUGGGCACCUACUCCAUCUCUCCGGACAUCGAGUUCCCUACCACCCCCUCCGCCUCCUCCCUCUUCCGAUCCUCCGCCUCGAGGCUCGCCUCCUCCGCCUCCUUCACCUCACCCCCUCCCUCCUCCUCCUCUUCCUCCAGUCCUUGUCCCGAUCCACAACCUCAUAUUCCUCCUCCUUUUCCUCAUCGUUCACUCCCUCUUCCUGCUCCUCCUCCUCCUACUCAUUCUCCUCCUCAUUGA